GUUUCUCCUCUGGGCACGAGGCAGACUUAACCUCCCGGACAGCUCCAACCCCCAGAGGGGACCAAACCAAACUUGCGCCUCCGAGGGCAGCUUUGCAGCCCCGUCCCCUCCGGGGGAGGGGGCAGACGCAGCCUGGGCGUGGAAAGUGGAGGGAGAGAAGAAAGGGGGAGCCUGGGGCUGGGUGUGCGCGCGUGGGAGCGCGCCUCGGAGCGCCCCGCACCACCCGUUCCAGCCUCGGGGACACUUCGGAAGGAGGGAGUGGUAGCCGCGGGAAUCACAGGGAGCGAGAGAAAUCCUCCAAGUGAUGCCCCAAACAGGUCCGGAUUGCGAAUUCGAAGCUCAAGGCUGCUAGAAAUUGCAACUCCUCCUCCGCACACCCCUUGCACCCCAGUCCCGAAGCCCCGGCGGUUUGCUAAGCUUCUGGCUUCCCUUCCGCCCCCCACCCCCCACCCCCAGGUCGAGGGCCCGAGGGCCCAGGUCCGCCGCGGCUUCCUCCUUGAAACCCGCCCGCGCGCAUGAGGCCGCUGCCCCCGCCGCAGGCGCUGGCGCCCCCCUCGCGGUGCCCGUGGUGAUGCCAUGCCCCGCCACCACGCGGGAGGAGAGGAGGGCGGCGCCGCCGGGCUCUGGGUGAAGAGCAGCGCGGCAGCGGCGGCGGGCGGGGGGCGCCUGGGCAGCGGCAUGAAGGAUGUGGAGUCGGGCCGGGGCAGGGUGCUGCUGAACUCGGCGGCCGCCAGGGGCGACGGCCUGCUGCUGCUGGGCACCCGCGCGGCCGCGCUCGGCGGCGGCGGCAGCGGCGGCGGCCUGAGAGAGAGCCGCCGGGGCAAGCAGGGGGCCCGGAUGAGCCUGCUGGGGAAGCCGCUCUCGUACUCCAGUAGCCAGAGCUGCCGGCGCAACGUCAAGUACCGGAGGGUGCAGAACUACCUGUACAACGUGCUGGAGAGACCCCGCGGCUGGGCGUUCAUCUACCACGCGUUCGUCUUUCUCCUUGUCUUUGGUUGCUUGAUUUUGUCAGUGUUUUCCACCAUUCCUGAGCACACGAAAUUGGCCUCGAGUUGCCUCUUGAUUCUGGAAUUUGUGAUGAUUGUCGUCUUUGGUUUGGAGUUCAUCAUUCGAAUCUGGUCUGCAGGUUGCUGUUGUCGGUACAGAGGAUGGCAAGGAAGACUGAGGUUUGCCCGAAAGCCCUUCUGUGUUAUAGAUACCAUUGUUCUUAUCGCUUCAAUAGCAGUUGUUUCUGCAAAAACUCAGGGUAAUAUUUUUGCCACGUCCGCACUCAGAAGUCUCCGUUUCCUACAGAUCCUCCGUAUGGUGCGCAUGGACCGAAGGGGAGGCACUUGGAAAUUACUAGGUUCUGUGGUUUAUGCUCACAGCAAGGAAUUAAUCACAGCUUGGUACAUAGGAUUUUUGGUUCUUAUUUUUUCAUCUUUCCUUGUCUACCUGGUGGAAAAGGAUGCCAACAAGGAAUUUUCUACAUACGCAGAUGCUCUGUGGUGGGGCACAAUUACAUUGACAACGAUUGGCUAUGGAGACAAAACCCCCCUAACGUGGCUGGGAAGAUUGCUUUCUGCAGGCUUUGCGCUCCUUGGCAUUUCUUUCUUUGCACUUCCUGCCGGCAUUCUUGGCUCAGGUUUUGCAUUAAAAGUACAAGAACAGCACCGCCAGAAACACUUUGAGAAAAGAAGGAACCCAGCUGCCAACCUCAUUCAGUGUGUUUGGCGUAGUUACGCAGCUGAUGAAAAAUCUGUUUCCAUUGCAACCUGGAAGCCGCAUUUGAAGGCCCUGCACACCUGCAGCCCCACCAAGAAAGAACAAGGGGAAGCAUCAAGCAGUCAGAAGCUAAGUUUUAAGGAGCGGGUGCGCAUGGCUAGCCCAAGAGGCCAGAGUAUUAAGAGCAGACAAGCCUCGAUAGGUGACAGGAGGUCCCCGAGCACCGACAUCACAGCCGAGGGCAGCCCCACCAAAGUGCAGAAGAGCUGGAGCUUCAACGACCGAACCCGCUUCCGGCCCUCGCUGCGCCUCAAAAGUUCUCAGCCCAAACCCAUGGUAGACGCUGACACCGCCCUUGGCACUGAUGAUGUAUAUGAUGAAAAAGGAUGCCAGUGUGAUGUAUCUGUAGAAGACCUCACCCCACCACUUAAAACUGUCAUUCGAGCUAUCAGAAUAAUGAAAUUUCAUGUUGCAAAACGGAAGUUUAAAGAAACAUUACGCCCAUAUGACGUAAAAGAUGUAAUUGAACAAUAUUCUGCUGGUCACCUGGACAUGUUGUGUAGAAUUAAGAGCCUUCAAACACGUGUUGAUCAAAUUCUUGGAAAAGGUCAAAUCACAUCAGAUAAGAAGAGCCGAGAGAAAAUACCAGCAGAACAUGAGACCACAGAUGACCUCAGUAUGCUCGGCCGGGUGGUCAAGGUUGAAAAACAGGUCCAGUCCAUUGAGUCCAAGCUGGACUGCCUGCUGGACAUAUACCAGCAGGUCCUCCGGAAAGGCUCCGCCUCAGCCCUCGCUUUGGCCUCAUUCCAGAUCCCACCGUUUGAAUGUGAACAGACAUCUGACUAUCACAGCCCCGUGGACAGCAAAGACCUGUCCAGCUCCGCCCAGAACAGUGGCUGCCUAACCAGAUCAGCUAGUGCCAACAUCUCUCGAGGCCUGCAGUUCAUCCUGACGCCAAAUGAGUUCAGUGCUCAGACUUUCUACGCGCUGAGCCCCACUAUGCACAGUCAAGCAACCCAGGUGCCACUGAGUCAAAGCGAUGGCUCCUCGGUGGUGGCCACCAACAACAUUGCAAACCAAAUAAAUGCGGCCCCUAAGCCAGCAGCCCCAGCAACUUUACAGAUCCCGCCUCCUCUCCCAGCCAUCAAGCACCCGCCCAGGCCAGAGACCCUGCACCCAAACCCCACAGGCCUACAGGAGAGCAUUCCUGAUGUCACCGCCUGCCUUGUUGCCUCCAAGGAAAAUGUUCAGGUUGCACAGUCAAAUCUGACCAGGGACCGUUCUCUGAGGAAGAGCUUUGACAUGGGAGGAGAAACUCUGUUGUCCGUCCACCCAGUGGCACCCAAGGACUUGGGCAAAUCUUUGUCUGUACAAAACCUGGUCAGGUCCACAGAGGAGCUGAAUAUCCAGCUUUCGGGGAGUGAGUCAAGUGGCUCCAGAGGCAGCCAAGAUUUUUACCCCAAAUGGAGGGAAUCCAAAUUGUUUAUAACUGAUGAAGAGGUGGGUUCGGAAGAGGCGGAGACAGACGCUUUCGACGCCGCGCCGCAGCCUGCUAGGGAAACUGCUUUUGCAUCAGACUCGCUAAGGACUGGAAGGUCUCCAUCAUCUCAGAGCAUUUGUAAGGCCGGAGAAAGUACAGAUGCCCUCAGCUUGCCUCACGUCAAACUGAAAUAAGUUCGUCUUCUUUCUAGGCAUAGCAGUUCCUUUAGCCAUACAUAUCAUUUGCAUGAACUAUUUCGAAAGCCCUUCUAAAGUUGAAUUUGCAAGAAUCAGGAAGAACAUGAAAGGCAGUUUAUAAGCCCGUUAUCUUUUAAUUGCAUGAAAAUGCAUGUUUAGGGAUGGCUGAAAUUCCGAGGUACAUCAACAUUAACCCGCUCAUUUAGUAACGUACCUUGAGUUAAUAAUCUUGAGAAACCAAACACUGCUAAUGCUGUGGGAUGUAUGAAAAUUAGGCCACUUAGAAGAUUUUGACUCUCUAUUUUGAAAUUAUGGGAGUAAACACCUUCAAAUUUCAGCCAUUUCUGCUUUGCGAUUAAAUGCAAACUAUAUUUUCAAAAUUAGGCCAUAAUGUAUAUUUAAACACAAUGGCACUCAUCAACAGCUGCCAACAAGGUACCAAGUAAAGCAGAAUUUGGGAACAGUAGAAAUGGCUGCUUAUUUCAAGAUAUAUUGUUGCCAACCCAUUCCUUAUUCAGUCAUAUUAUUAUUAAUGUACUUUGAAUGUCAGUAUGUGUGCUUUUGGCGAUUUACUGCUGUGGCAAGCAAUUUUGCACAUCACUUUCAUGUUGUUCUUUAUGAUGAGAAUGUUCUUCAAUUAGAAAAUGUACAAAUCAUGAAAUUCAGGGCCAGUGGGGCAAAUAGACUGACUAUGUGACACAUUUGACGUUAUGGAAACAUAUUCCUCUAAUGGCUGGAAUCAACUUUAUAAGUUGUCAACUUCUACCCAAACAAAGGAAAUGCUGAUCAGUAGGAUGACCAGUGUGGUUGGGCUGAGCUCUCCGCAAUGGCGCCUGCCCAGACUUGGCAAUGCUGCCCACAGAAAGGGGAAGUGUGAGAAGCCGUUCCCACUAAGCUGGUUCACAGGCAGGAUCCCAGGGACUGAGACAUGGGAGUGGGACUGAGAUGGGGAAGGCCUGAGAAGAACCGAGACACAACACUGGGAAGUCAGUGAAGUUCAAGAAAGUGACUUCCCCUCAAAGGGCAAUGAGAGGGAGAGAAAAAUACCAAAAUAAAAGAACUCAAUUUUUUUUUUUUUUAGAAAAUGAAUACUACUAAGAAAUUCAACUACCUAAACAUCUUAUUCUUAUAUAUAAACAGAGAAUUUUGCAAGGUAUUUAUUUUUUAAUAUGCCCUGAAUGUUUUUUGCUAUUAUGUAGUACAUUUACAUAUGAGCGGCUAAAACGAAACCUCCUUUACUUCUUAUAGUGAACAUUUUCUAUUCUCCCCAAGAAUAUUGUCCCAAAUCUGAAAUUAUUGGUUCGGUUUCCUGGUACAGUAUAAGCAUUUAUAGUUAGAAAAGCCGGGUAACACUGGCAGGUCUGCAAAUCAAAACACUUCAUCAUAUAACAGGACCACAAACAGCCCAAGAGAAAUAAAAUAGAACAUGUAUUUACCGGAAAGCAAGCAAUGCUGACAGCUUGUUAGAAACCAGUCUACUGAUCUCAGACCAGCAGAACUUCAGCCAAGGUAAUGGUCUUCGAAAAGCAAGGAGAAGCAAGAUAGCACUCAAUUCACUUCAACUCUAGCCACAAAGGACAUUUUUAAAGGCCUCCUCUCCCUAACCCCACCCCACUCAACCCCCCACAAAUAGUGCUGCCUGCUGAAAAACUCCAGCAGCCCAAAGAAUGAGCAAGGAUAUCAACUGGGUAGCCAAAGGCAGGAGGAGGCCCUGAAAUCCCCCAGUUCUCUCUCACAACCUGCUUUCUCCACCUCUGACUCUCUCCUUACUUUUCUUCUCUAGUAACUGCUUGUCAAUUCUCUGCCACUGUUUUGCUUCUGAACUUCACUAGCCUUACCCAGCCUCCAACCCCAAGGAAACCACUUCUCCACUCCACCUAAAAUGUGCUUCCCAACCUUUUAAAGUCCUUGUCCCUUUUGAUAGACACCGACAUUUUGAAAGCUUCCUCUUCUCGCCUGCCCAAGUUCUAGCACAUUCCCCUGGAGUGUAUCAUUCAGAAUCUUCUCUGCCGCUGGAGGCACACUGAAGGUAGAGUCUGAUUUUACACUCCAGCUGAAAGGAUUUUGCCAAACCUUUAAAGCAAUUAUUUUCAUUUUUGAAACAUAGAAUCUUAGUCAAUUAUCCAAUGCAAUUUUUCAUCGACCCAUGUCUCUACUCAACCUGAGGUUGUGAUACACCCUCUGGAGGAGGUUGCACACACACACAAAUACACGCACACACACUCACCUCCACUGACCUAAAGCCAGACAUCUCCAUAUACUCGGAGGAAGCGGGAGGAGGCAGCAAUUUUCAGGCAGCACUGAUUCUUGGACACACUCUGUCCUGGGUCAAACCCCACUGGCAGCAGGAAUUCUGAAUGUAUUGGGGACCCCUCCGUGGGCUUCAAACCCAGCACAGUUCAUCCAGCAUUGCUGAAGAUGGAAGAUUCAGAAACAAACCCUACAAAUAUCACUGAGGUCUUAAUCAUAGCAAAAUGCAAUGAACCAUGUUGUGAGAAACUAUUGUACAUUGAAGCCAUGGCCAUAUUGUGUCUAUCUUAACUCUAGCACAAAAAAAAAAAAAUUACUGGAUAUUCAAAGAUAGUUGUGUGGUGUGAAAAAUGUAGGGUCUGUCUGUUGUGUGUCUCUCUGGGGAGUUCGGAGGGGUCUCCCGUUUAUACCUAGCAGAGUCCCAUUGGACAAUCCCAAAUGGUGUCUAGAAGCACAGUUUCGCUGAGCACUGAGUAACCACAUGCUUUCUCAGCUCCAGUCUGUCUGCCUUCUUCAACAUGCAGGGCUGAUCAAGCUAACACUUCAUUGCAAACAUCCCUUAUAUGAGGUUAACUAAAAGAUGUUCUGUGUCUGAUCUAAAUGUUUGCAUUGUGUUUAACUAAGUUAAUAUAUGUAGAUUGCAAGUUUUGUUUAAAGGGAGACGCUUUAUUGAGUUUUUUAGUCAUUAUCCCCUGCUCAAGGGUGCCUUUCUCACCUCCCCUCGACUCAGCAAUUCUGAAAGUUCUUAAUCCGCAGGUAAAACAAGUCUGAGAGAGAGGAGGACACCAGGCACAAAGUGACUAAUUCUCUUGCCCAUUUGCAAAGCAAAACUGUAAGGAAUAUGGACACACGAGCAACUAAACUAAUGGGUCACUUCUGAAAAUACCACAAUAUUACCUUAUCUCCCCAAAAGCUGAUUUUUUUCUUUUUUGCCUUAAAAUAACUUGGUUGUGUUUUUGUAAGAGAAACUUAAUUUAAUAUAAGUACGUGCAUUUACGUGAGCAGUUCUAAAAGUCAUGUACGACAAUGCAAUUGUCUGUUUCCUGAAAACAAAUAAGUCAGGAAUACCAUAUCCAUUUAAAGCUACCAUGAAAAUGUCAUUUCCUUUGCUCUCUUUUACUGGGAUUAUUUGUUUUAAAGUAAAACAUUAAAAAGAUGUC